AUGAAGAUAAUUAUGCUUAAUUCUACAACAUCACCACACUGCCAGACAACAGAAAUUUUGUUAAAUACUAAGAAUGGUAAUAUAACAACCCGUGUCAAUAUAUCAAGUGGGACUAUGGCCCAAUGGACAAGGCGUCUGACUACGAAUCAGGAGAUUCCAGGUUCGACCCCUGGUAGUCUCACACUUGAGUUUCCUGACCAGUUUGGCUACAUUUACAGUGAAUUUGAAGAUAGCCUAGAUCAGGAACGACAUCAGAAUGACAAUUGUCGUUUUCAAUCUGGGUUGUUUUUCCAAUGCUAUAACACAGCCAAAAUUGAUCAAACUCACUGA